AUGGCGGCAGCACUGCAAAACUUGAUCAACCUUGUUGCGACAUCUGCCACGCGCGUUGCGCUCAAUCCCAUCGUGACCACCGCUCUUUUAUGGAUACUAACAAAGGGCCCUCUGCAACUCCGUCGCCAGCUUGCCAAUAGGGUCCCGGCUCUUCGAGAUCCAACACAAUAUGCGCAGAUCCUCAAGGCAUUGAAAGUGUGUCUUGCGUUAGGAACAGCAGGGGUUCUGAACAAACAACUGAACCGCCUAGCUCUAAAUGCUGGAAGACUCCGAAGUGACAAGGCAAGAUGGAACUGGAAUCGCGAGGUUGCUGUCGUUACUGGAGGAUGCUCUGGAAUCGGGGAGCUUGUGGUUAAGAAAUUGAUCAGCAAGGAUAUACGCGUGGCUAUCCUGGACAUCCGCCAACUACCCCCAAGUCUGCAGAGCGUUGCAAACGUCACAUUCUUUGCUUGCGACAUUACAAAUCCAAAUGCCGUCUACUCGACUGCAGAAAAAAUCAAAGCAACUCUAGGCGCGCCUACGAUUCUGGUUAAUAACGCAGGCAUUUUCGUGCCCCAUACCAUCUUGAACACCUCUGAUGAUCAUCUCCGGAGGAUCUUCGAUGUCAAUGUACUCAGCAACUGGUAUACUACCAAGGCGUUCCUACCUGAUAUGCUCCAGCAUAACAAGGGCCACAUUGUGACAGUUGCGAGUGCGGCGAGCUUUGUCGGCAUCGCCGGUAUGGCCGAUUACACAGCGACCAAGGCAGCGAUUUUAAGCUUCCACGAAUCGCUCAACCAAGAACUCAGGCAUCAGUACAAUAGCCCGAAUGUGCUUACCACAUCCAUUCACCCCAAUUGGGUGCGCACGCCUCUGAUUGCAUCCGUCGAGGACGAGCUCAAGAAGCGCGGCGCCUCUAUAAUCGAGCCGACUGUUGUUGCAGAUUCAAUCGUCAAGAGCAUCACGAGCUGUAGUGGUGGACAGGUCAUGUUGCCAAGUGAUAUAAGUAAAAUAACUUACGUCAGAGGGUUGCCGAAUUGGCUACAAGAGAGCCUCAGGGAUAGUGUUAGCAAGUUGAUUAACAAUGGCCUGCAGUAA